AUGAGACCGUUCCUCUGUCCUCCGCUGGGUUGCAAUAUCUGCCACAAGGGAUUUGUCACGUCGCAGCAGCUGCUCAGACACAGAGCCAGCCACCACGAGCUGACUUGCCCGCACGGAUGCGUCGACAAGUUUCCGUCGCAGCAGGAAUUGUGCGACCAUAUGUUGCUUACGCAUCUUCUGAACAAUGUUGCCGAUAGCCACAAGAACGAUACGUGGGACGAUCUGUUUUGCAAGGAGGAUGAGUGCACGGGAUACCCGCAGUACGACUCGUCUCUCAGUCUGUUUCGACACUACGACGAUUUUCACGAGAUGGUGCCGGAGUCGCUCUUUACGCAUUUUGUGGAGUCUCCAGGAGGCCGUCGAGUGUCUGAGCCGUAG